AUGGCCGACACAACUCAAGCUCCCAUCAACGGCGGCUUCCCUGCGCAACACGCCUAUCACGACUCCUUCAGCCACGCACAUGUCUCCGCCCCCAAUGCUGCCAACUUCCAGCCGGCCCAGUCCUCCACUCCUACGAAUGUCCUUCCUGAGCAGAAGAAUGGAAUUUCGAAGGACGAGGUUGGCUGGUACUUUGUCGAGCAGUAUUACACCACCAUGAGCCGUAACCCAGACAAGCUGCCGCUUUUCUAUUCUCGGCGCUCUCAGCUCGUCUUUGGCACGGAGGCCGAGUCGGUCCCUGUCGCGGUCGGCCAGAAGGCUAUCAACGAAAAGAUAAAGCAGCUUGACUUCCAGGAGUGCAAAGUCCGCGUCUUGAAUGUUGAUUCUCAGGCCUCUUUUGACAACAUCUUGAUUGCCGUCAUUGGCGAGAUCUCGAAUAAGUCGGAGCCUUCUCGUAAAUUCGUGCAGACGUUCGUGCUCGCGGAACAGCCCAACGGUUACUACGUGCUCAAUGAUGUCUUCCGGUACUUGGUUGACGAGGAGGAUAUUGUGAAUGAGGAGACCGCCCCGGCCGCGGCCCCCGCUGCUCCCGCUGCCCCGGUUGAUGAGCCUGCUGUCGAAGAGCCUACGCAGCCCGAGCCCGAAACUGCCCCGGCCGUCGACGUGCAGGAAACCGAAGCGCCUGCCCCCGAGGUGGAGGAGAAGGCUGAAUCGGUCCAGGAGAACGGCGACGAAGCGCAACCCCAGGAAGACGUUUCCCAAGUGAAUGGCACCGAUGCCGAGGUCGUCGAGCCUGAGCAGCCGGCUGCCGUUCCAGAGGAGGUUGAGGCUGAGAAGCCGCCAACCCCUGAGCCCACUCCCGCCCCGUCUGCACAGAAGGAGGCCCCCGCACCUCCCAAGGAGAAUGCGCCCCCGGCCAGGGCUCUCCCUAAGACCUGGGCCAACAUCGCCUCCAAGUCCGGUGCUCCGGCUCCCGUCGUUCCCUCUAUCCCCGCUGCUACUGCUGCUCCUGCUGCUGCUGCUCCUGCUGCUCCUGCUCCUGCUCCUGCUAAGCCUGCCCCCGCUGCUGCCUCGUCUCAGGCGACCGCUGCCGCUCCCGCCGCCGAGAACGUUUCUAGCCAGCCUCCUUCCAACGAUGGAUCCGGAUGGCAAACUGCCGGUCACGAUCACAAGAAGACCCAGUCCCGCGCGGGCGAAGAGCAGCCCGUUCUUGCUUAUAUCAAAAACGUGAACGACAAGGUGGACGCAAACCUGUUGAAGCAGACCCUCACCCGAUUCGGCAAGCUCAAGCACUUCGACGUGAGCCGCCAAAAGAACUGCGCGUUCGCUGAGUUUGCUGAGCCCGCCGGCUACGCCGCUGCCGUGGCUGCUAACCCGCACCAGAUCGGCUCCGAGCAGAUCUACGUCGAAGAGCGCCGUGCUCGUGCCAAUGCGUACGGUGGAAAUGCCAAUUUCGCUGCUGGUCGAGGUGGUGCCGGUCGCGGCCGCGGUGACCGUGCUGGCAGCCAGGGCCGUGGCGGCUUCCAACGCGAAGGACGUGGAGGAUUCGCUCCGCGCGGCCGCGGGAACGUCAAGAACCGCAACCAGCCCCAGGCUGCCUAG